CUUGAGGAUACCACUGCCCAGGGCCUUGAGCGGUAGGCUAGGAGUUGGAUCCAGGUCUGAGAUAGUGGGGAAUAGCGGGAGAGUUUGAUGCAGGUGGUGGCUGGGUCUGGCUUGCUUUUGAGAAGCAUCACUCUGGUCAGCUAUGUGUUAGGACCACUGCAGAAGGCCAACCUUUGUCAUUACCUGGCAGUCAGCUUGCAGAGCAAGGAGGAUGGGCCAGGGCUAGGCAGUCCUGGGAUCAGGACUGUGUGAUUUGGGGGAAGCUACUGAACCUUUAUGGAUGAGGAUCUGCACGCAGAAUGGGGACUGAAGACUCCAUUCUUGGCAGGGGAGGGCACCCCCAGAAAAAUGGAAAAUUAAAAAGUAAGCUGAAGGAGUUGGAACAAAGAAAAGUCAGCUAAUUUACCUUUAAAUUAGCUAUUGAUAAUUUUUUUCUUUUUGCAUUUUUUGGCUGGGGCUGGGGCAUAAGGGGCCGGCGGCCUACUCCUUUGAGCCACAGGCGCCGCGCUAUUGAUACAUUUCUUAUCUGAACAAAUUUCCAGCCUUUCCUGAAACUCUGGCCUAUUGAGAAUACAGGUUCCACCAAUACCCUGCUGAGUCCGUGAACACUGAGGAAAAUAAUGGGCAUAGAAAAGACUGUGGCAAGUCCUAGAAAAGAUACAUCUUCUAGGUGGUUUUUUUUCCAUUAAACAAAGCAGAUAUCUGUGGUGGAGAUUUGCAUUUGGGGGCAGAAACCAAGGGAACAGCUAAUGACACGCUCACUCAGAGAACUGCUGGCAUCUUUGUUCCCUCCGUCAGCUUAGCACCUGGGCAGAUAGAUUUCAAUAAAAGCUGAGCGGCACAGAGACUCGGAACCACUCUCAGGAGGUCCCCGGUGGUCCCCUGGGGUUCCACCUUUGAAAAUUCUAUCGUGUCCCCUAUCUCUUUCUUUAUGGUUGUUCCUAACUUUAUAUUUCUUCCGUCGUCGGUGGCGCCAGUUCCACAGGUCUCAGCGGACCCUGCCCCCGACAGGAUCAAAGGCAUGCGCAAAGUACUCAGUACAGAGAAAGCGAACAUAAGUCGCUUCCCUUCCUUUUUGCACUUUGAACAAAGCAAGACGUCUUUGUUCCCCACCGUAACUGGGUAAAGCGUUAUUGUUGCCACUUUGCAGUCGGCCCCUGCCUGGAGCUGUUCGCGCCUGCGCUGUGGGCGCCGAGUGUUCAGAGCGCCGCGCAGCCAACGCUACCGUGGUCGCUUGGCAACCGGGUCGCCUGGCAAUGGCGCGCGCUUCCGAGCGUGAGCGCUGAGGCAGUCAGUGAUUUCUGCAAAGCUUCAUCUUGAAAGCCCUUUGUAGGCGUGGAAAGAUGGCUGAUGCCCGGAUCUCCAUGUACUUGCCCCCGGAUAUCAACCCCGCCCAGGCUCCCAUUGCCUAUGGCUGUCGGGCCCUGCCAAAGCUGAACGAGGAGCUGCAGUCAGAGGACCUGCUAACGAGGCAGAAAGCCCUCAUGUCCCUGUGUGACCUCAUGCACGACCCUGAGUAUGUCUACGAGGCCAUCAACAUAGGCUGCCUGGAGAGCCUGAAAGGUUUGCUGAAGGACAUUGACGAUGUUGUUCGGAUAAAAGCCACAGAGGUGCUCAACAUCAUGGCGACUCAUAACGUGGGCAGAGAUGGCUUUUUGGAGUAUGACAUCAUCUAUUCCCUGUCCUUCCUGCUGAAUGAUCCCCACCCCAUCUGCCGGAAGAACCUGCACAUGGCGUACAAGCAGCUGGCCCAGCUGCCCUCAGGGGCCCAAGGCAUCGUCAGCAGUGGCCUGAUCCCCUCGCUGGUCUGGAAGCUGCAGAAGGAGGAGGAGGUGAUCCAGGAGCUCAUUUUGGGCACACUGGCCCACUGCCUGCAGGAGGAUGCCACCGAGGCCCUGGGCAGCCAAGUGGUGCUCUUUCUAAAGCAGAAGCUCCUCAGCAGCAAUGAAAUCAUCCGUAGCAAGGCCGCCUACACACUCAUGGCUGUCAGCAUCCCCCUGGAGGGCAAGAAACAGGUGUGGUGCAAUGGGGUCAUCCCCAUCCUGGUGCAUCUGCUGAAGGACAAGGCAGAGGAGGUGCAGGCCAGCGCCGCCGGGGCCCUGAUGUAUGCCACCGUGACCACAGAAGGGAAGUAUGCGGCCCUGGACGUAGAUGCCAUCAGCCCGCUCCUGGACCUGCUGUGCUCGCCCAUGCUAAAGGUGCGUCUGAACGCCACCAAGGCCCUCACCAUGCUGGCCGAGGCCCCGGAGGGCCGCAAAUUUCUGCAGACCCAGGUGCACGUCUUCCAUUUCCUCCGGGGGGAGCCCGAUGAGGCCCUACAGAAGGCGGUCCAGAUCGCCCUCAAAGUCAUCGAGUGGAAACCCUGACCCCUUCACUGGGGCAGUCCUGAUAAGCCACCUCCAUCCGGAAUAAAAGGCUGAAUCUCUUUA